AUGAGCGCGCAAUCCUCUAUUCUUAUCGAAAAGCAUGUCCAAUUUAUCGAAUCAAACGAUAAAAAAUUGCAAUGGAAGACACACCAUUUAAAGAUGAGUGGAGUGUAUUGGGGUUUGUCUUCGCUACACCUUCUCGAUCGGAUGGACUACGCCAAGGAAGACGUCGUGGCGUUUGUGUGCAGCUGCUAUAACGACGAUGGGGGGUUUGGCGGCAACCAAGGCCACAGCUCCCACAUUUUGUACACCAUGUCCGCCGUCCAGCUUCUUUGUUUUUUCGACGCGUUGGACCAGAUCGACGGCGAUAAGACGGCGGGGUGGAUCGCCUCCCUACAGCUCCCGGACGGCUCCUUUCAAGGCGAUGAAUGGGGGGAGGUGGAUACGCGCUUUUCCUUCAUUGCCGUCAGCGCGCUCCAGCUUCUAGGGCGUUUGUCUCGCAUCAACCUCGAAACUGCGGUGGCUUGGGUGCUUUCCUGUCAAAAUUGGGAUGGUGGGUUUGGCGUCGCGCCUGGGGCGGAAAGCCACGCCGGGCAAAUUUACUGCGCGCUCGGCGUCCUCACGAUCGCGAAUGCCCUGGAUCGCAUCCCCGUCGACGCGCUCGCCGCCUGGCUGGCAUCGCGGCAGCUCCCCUCCGGUGGGCUGAACGGGAGGCCGGAGAAAAAAGCGGACGUUUGCUAUAGUUGGUGGGUGAUCGCAUCCCUGGCGAUGCUGAAUUGCACCCAUUGGAUUGACCGCGAGGCGCUCUUUCGCUAUAUCUUUUCCUGCCAGGACGACGAGGAUGGGGGGAUUUCGGAUAAGCCGGGCAAUGCGGCAGAUGUGUACCACACCUUCUUCGGCUUGUGUGGAUUAAGCUUGCUGGACUAUAAAGAUUAUCCUCUCAAGCAGAUUAAUCCGGUAUACGCUAUGCCUUAUGACGUGUUAGAAAGGGUGGGAGUUCCUGAAGAGCGCGGUCUUUACGUCGGCUUUAGACGCUCCGAACCACACGCUUGA